GACAUCCGGAACACGGUGGGAAACAUCCCCAUGGAGUGGUACCAGGACUUCCCCCACAUCGGCUACAACCUGGACGGCAAGAAGAUCUACAAGCCCAUCCGGAACAAGGACGAGCUGGACAUGUUCCUGGAGAAGAUGGAGAACCCAGAGUACUGGAGGACGGUGCAGGACAAGAUGACGGGGGCGGAUGUGACGCUGACGGACGAGCAGGUGGAGCUGGUGCAGCGGCUGCAGAAGGGGCAGUUUGGGGACGUCAACUUUGACCCCUACGAGCCGGCCGUCGACUUCUUCACGCACGAGGUGAUGAUCCACCCGGUGACCAACCGCCCCGCCGACAAGAGGAGCUUCAUCCCCUCCCUCAUCGAGAAGGAGAAGGUGUCCAAGCUGGUCCACGCCAUCAAGAUGGGCUGGAUCAAACCCCGCAAGCCCAAGGACGACACCCCCACCUACUACGACCUGUGGGCCCACGAGGACCCCAACUCCAUCCUGGGCCGCCACAAGAUGCACGUGCCGGCCCCCAAGCUGAGGCUGCCCGGGCACGAGGAGUCCUACAACCCCCCCCCAGAGUACCUGCUCAGCGAGGAGGAGAGGUUGGCCUGGGAGCAGCAGGAGCCCGGGGA